AUGGACUUGGUCCGGAAAGUUGGAGCUCGAAACACCAAGCGAAACCGCUCUGCUGCGUCUCUUCGAGCAUGUGUCUGUUUGGAUCCCCAAGACGGCAGCAAUGACAGAACUAAUCUCCAGAAGAGGGACGUUUCACUACUGGCCGUGAAAACAAGAAAACACAAGAGGCCACAGUGUCCAGAGAAGACCCCAUGGAAAUCCAAGAAUGACGCCAUUUUUCAUUUAUAUUCAACGGAUUCUUCUACCAAAGGUGAAAACAGCGAACAAGUGAUAGCCGCUGAUGGCCCUUUGCAUGCCAUUGAAUCGAGCUCUGGUGAUAUUCCAGUGGAUCAGGUCGCAACUCCAGCAGCAGCAACUCCAGCAACAACAAAUAUUCCAUUAUCAUCUAUUGACAGUCUCGAGGAAAACACUGAAAAAAUGCUCAAUGAAACAAUCUACCCGGUAGGAUCUUUGGACAUGCAAGCCUUUGAAGCAACCCGUGAGCUAUUAUUUGCUUGGACAAAAGUGGCCAGCCCCAGGAGCGUCGAUCAAUCCUUUCGGGUAUUGGAUCGGCUAGUCAAGGAACCAAACCUCAACUUGGAGCUGCCGGAAGAUAUCAUCCAACAGCGAAUCAAUGUGAGCCUCUUGAAUGCCGUCGUCCGAAAUUGGGCCAAUUGUUGGAAGCAAAUUCCCAACACCGAUUCACUCCCUGACCCAGAUACUCUUUUGGCAAAAAUUGAACAAUGGAGCAGCAUUGGAUCGGCAUUGUCGCUUCACGCAUCCACCAUGUCUCUGAUUAUGGCGGCGAUUGUUUUCCGUCUCCAAGAUAGUGCGGAUGCUCACUACGUAGAGUCGCUGCUGUUGAAAAUGAUUCAAGAGUCGCAAAACAACAACAACAAUAAUCAGACUGGACUGGCACCGACCAUACGAGAAUACAAUAUUGUUAUGAACGCCUUUGCCAAAGUAAAAGAGGCGGAAUACGCGGAACAAAUGUUACGACGUCUUUGCAACGAAUAUCAAAGUGGGGAAUCCACUAUCCGGCCAGAUGCGGUGGGGUUUGGAACGGUUCUUCAUGCAUGGAAGGAAUCUGGUCGAGACGAUGCGGGUGAGCGGGCCGAGGCUCUUUUGGAUGAUAUGAUUGCAUUGGGAAGAAACGAAAAGGACGAGUCACUGGCAUUUCCAGUUUCUCAAUGCUACUUUUCGGUGUUGUUGGCGUGGUGUGCCCCGAGAACCAAGCACUGUCUGCAACAAGCAGAACGGUUCUUGCAGCGGAUGCACGACGAUUAUCAGAAUGGAAAUGACCGUGCAAGACCGACCGAGGCAUUUUAUGGUUUGGUCCUUCAUCGGUGGUCGCAGCUGGGCUGUGGAGAAGACAGCGAGCGUAUUCUGCGGUGGAUGCACAACGAUUUAUCACACAACAACAAUAUUCGUGCCCAAGCCAACAGUGUUCAUUUCAACGCAGCUAUCCAUGCCUGGUCGAAAACAGGGGCUCGUGACUCCCUACAAAGAGCGUUUUCGCUCUAUGAAAACAUGAAGUACAUGAACAUUCCUCCCACGACGGCGACCUUUGGAAGUCUGCUAGUAGGCCUAUCACGUUCCAAAGAUCCCAAGAGAGGGGAGAAGGCAGAAUCCCUCCUCAAGGAACAGCUGCAACGAUACAAAGAAGGAAACCAUGAAUGCAAGCCAGAUGCUAUGAACUACAAUGUCGCAAUGCACUGCUGGAGCUCGGUCGGGAACGCAAAGAAAGUCCUCCCCCUUCUUCACGAGCUUAUCGUGCAGCAUGACAAGGGAAACGUGCAAAUUGCCGACGAUAGAGCUUUCUGCACAGCACUUGCCGCUUUGUCUCGAUCUCGCGAUCCAAACGCAAUUGGACAGGCAGAGGCCAUCUUUAAUCAAUUGAAUGGGCUUUGUCAUGCAGGUGUGUUUGACUUUUAUCCGACGGCUGCCUGUUAUACGGCGAUGCAAGGCUGUUGGGCGAGUGCCGAGCUUCCCAUGGUGUCAGGUCAAAAGUGCUUGUCGUUGUUGCAGGAGAUGCAAAAGAAACAUGCCGCAGGCGAUGAAACCUGGAGACCGAGAGAAUCCAACUACAAAGUUGCCAUUGAUGCGUUUGCUCGAACCAACAAUCCUCACGCUGCCGAAGAGGUGUGGUCAUUGAUGUUUCAACAUUAUCUCGAUGACAACGCAAGCGCGAAACCAGGCGUAGACUCCUGCAGAGCCCUUCUGUUGGGUUGGUUGAUGUCAGACUCGCCAGAUGCUAUCCCGAGAACACUCGAGUUGAUUGAUCGAAUAGCGGAUAUUGAACGGUUGGACAAUGCGACACUCAAACUUGAGCGAAACACUUACUAUCUCCUUUUGGAUACGUGUUGUAAGUCUUCCAACCCGCACAUAAGAAAAGGAGGCGCUGAAGCAGUCCUUCUCAAAAUGAAGGAAAUUCACAAAGAGUUCCAUGGUGCCAUUGCGGCCGACACGACAUGUUACAACAUGGCCAUGAACAGUUGGGGAAAGGUAGCCAACGCUGAACGUGCAGAAGCACUCUUUUGGGAAAUGUUCAAGACUUUUUCCGAAACAGGGGACACUGGCAUCGCACCUGAUGAUAUAUCAGUAUCUACCGUGUUGGCAGCGUGGGCCAAGUCUAGCAACAAGGAUGCGGUCUUGAGGGCCGAGGUUUUCUUUGAAAGGAUUCAAAAGCUGAUGGGUAAGGGACAGUUGCCGAAUGUUCAAUUGGACCCAAUCUGUUAUGCGUCCUUUCUGAGUUGCUUGGCAAAAGCAGGCACCAAAGAAGCCGCUGAUUCAGCUGAAGCCGCCUUCUUAACGCUCCUGGAACGCUUUCGAUUUGGGGAUAUGAACGCUAGGACGAUCGAGGGUUGCUACGAUGGGCUGAUCAAAUGUUUGGCGAAUGCUGGUCGAGUGGAAAGAGCAGAAGAGCUGUUGUUUGAAAGGCACAGGCUGAUCACGAGUGGACGACCUGAUCGAGACCAGCGACAUCGUACCUGUAGCUCUGUGCUAAGAGCAUGGCUGUCUUCAAGCGAAGCUGAAGCACCCGACCGUGCUGACAAGAUGCUGCGUUGGAUGAGCCACACCUUUCGUGGGAAGAAGGGGUCAGAUGUUUUGACGAAUUAUGCUAGUGUGAUACGCUGCUGGGCUCGGUCACGUCGACACGAUUCCGGUAAGCGCGCAGAACAGAUUCUGCUUGAAAUGACAAAACUGUUCGGGCCAAAGAAAGUCCAUGCAACACAUUGUUGUUCGGACGUGGUGUGCGCUUGGGCUCGUUCAGACGGGUUAGAUCGUGCCGAAGAGCUGUUGCUGCGAAUGUGCGACGACUACAAAGUUCAACGCAACAACGUCAAACCAGAGCUACGAGCGUUCGUAUCGGUGCUCGCAGCUCUUUCGAGGGCACAGCCAUCAGGCAUUCGUAUGCGAUGCAUGCGCAUUGUCGCAAACCUACGGGACCUCAGUCAAGGAAGCUCAGAAUCCAACAAGGUUUUGGAUUGCUGGAACAAUGAGCCGCUGGGUAUUGGUGACCGCUUCACUGCCUUCCUGGAGAAAAUGGAGGAGUUUGAUACACCAGAUGCUGUGGCUACCAGUAGCGAGGAUAGGCCAUUUGGUGGCUUUGACCUGGCAAUCAAAAUCUAG